GUACCUCAGCACAUUUUGGAGCAGUGGAUGGAGAAUCCCGAUGUGGACGAGUGGUGUAUAGGCACGCGGCGAGUCUCUGGGCCACUUUUUGCUUGUACAGAGGCGUGCGACACAGCAACUUUCAGAGACUCGGCUCUUCGAUAUUUACGGGAGAAGGGCGAGAGCCUUCACUGCUGGACAAUCUCUGCAAGGCAACAUGCUACCGGCAGGGCCAGGGCGACUCAGCCCAGAGCAGUCCAUUGCAGUUCAUUUGUCCAGAGACUCCGUCAGGCUUUGUGCAUCAUUGGUACGUCAAGCGCGACUUCGCCGUGCCCGGAGCAGCCCAGCACCUGCUCGUGCACCAGCAGACGAAGAAUAUGGGCAACUUCGACUCCCUAGCCUGCGCGCGAUUCCUGCGCCAUGCCUUCUUUGGCACGCCGUGCGAGGCACUCUCCCGCGAGGUAGUCCAGCACUGGCUUCAAAGUCACCUUGGAGAGACUGAUGGUGCAAUCUCUUCGCUGGAAAGAGCGCUGGGCCCCUUCGCUCCAAGCCUGCGAGGUGUUGCGGCACCUGCGUCUUUUGUUUUUGGCGAGGGAUGGGUUGAAGCCUGGUACAAGCCGCUUCUUCUUCGCUGGUUCCUUGAGGGUCAGCGCUAUGUGGCCCGACGGCGGUUACUGCGUCAAGGCUUUGUCGAGACACGCGCCGAGGCGCUUCCCCAACUUAGUUUCUGGGAGCGUAAAGAUGCUCCCAGCGAGGCCAGCGAGGCGGGCGAGGCGCCUGAGCCGGCUUUGCUGGUGCUCCACGGCUACGGCCGAGGUCUGGCAUCGCCACUCUUCGAGUGGAUGAUCCCGAACCUGAACAGGAGGCAUGUCAUCAUUGUCGACUGUCAGUGGCUGAUGGUGACUAGGGUUCCGGUGCGAGAUCUAUCGAAAACGCCAACUGUCCGAGAGAUCGCUGCUGCUGUGGCAGCCUACCUCGCCAAGAGGCCGGGCGAGGUCGAUAUCCUCGGGCACAGCUUUGGGACUGCUGUAGCAUCUGCGCUCGUGCGGGAUUUGGAGGCGCGGAAGCAUGGCGGCGCAGUCCACGGAAGGCCGGUGCAGUGCUCUGGCGAGAGCCAAUGUCAGCCAGCCGUGACUGUGCGGCGGACGGUGCUGAUGGACCCAAUGUGCUUCAUCCCAGGCAUCUCCAAGCAAGCACAGCUCCUUCGUCGCACUCCCCGUGAUGUGGCAACGGAACUUUUGACGGAGUCGACGGACGGCGCAGCUCCCACGACGUGGGAAAUUCUGCGGAAUGUGGUGAACAAGCCCGAGCCGUGCAUCGACGAACUUGACGAGGCAGCUGCUGCCGCGGAGCGGAGGAAGUGGAUUAUUUUCCAGACCUACUUUUUCAACUAUUUCAUUUUUCGCGACUUGGUCUACUGCUGGGUGAACAGCCGCGCCUUGCACGGCCCCGAGUAUCUGGAUCGUGGGCUGCUCCGGGAGAUGAACAGCCAGGGCAGGCUCCUGACUAUCUUGGCUGAGACGGAUACUAUGAUCCCAGCUGCGCAGCUCUACAAGGAAUUGUCCGUCGAGUCUGGCAAGUCAGCAGGUGUAAUGUGGCUGCCCACGGUUGGACAUGGUGCAUGUCAGCAUCGACAAGACGUGGUACACCGCAUUUGCUCGUUCCUGAGAGCCUGA